GAAUACAGGAGAAACUAAACAAGGUACAGUACCAGUACGAGCAGAGUAAGCAGGAUAAGGAGAGGAAUGAACUAGAGAUAAAGAAGCUGGUUCGAGAGGUGGAGAAACUUCAAUAUCAGGUUCAGCUUGGAGAGGACAAGAGAGGAGAAAGGGAGAGAGACAGAGUUGAUAUGGGUAGCAGUACUCGACAACUGGAGGAUCUGCAUCAGCGUCUGGACAAAUCAAACAUUGAACUUAAAACUCUCGUAGAAGAGAAUGAGCGGUUAGAAGUUGAUGCCAGGAAAUACAGGAACCAGCUAGAACACUCCAGAUCUCUUCUGGAUAAUGCAUACGAGAACGAAGCUAAGUGCAAAUCAGAAGCAGAACAGGCUAAACGAGAAUUAACCAGAGUUCAGGAUCGUCUAGAGCAAAAUGAAGCUGAAUUAAGACAUCUUAGGUUAGAGAAGGAUAAAUAUUCAACAGAUUACAGUUCAAAGACGAAGACGACAGAAUCUGAUCUAGAUAAACUUCAAGUAGAAAUCUCCCAACUUACUAACGAAAGAGAUCAGCUGGUGAGACAGCUGGAGAAGAGUCAGGAUAUGUUGCUGUCCUUCCAACAAGAUCUGAAUCUAACAGAAUCAGAAUUAAAACGAGCAAAUGAGGAGAAUAGAAGAUUAAGGGAGGAAACCACCCUGACCCCUGACCGAGGUGUAUUAGAGAGUCGGGAGAAACAAAUCAAGAAAUUGAAUGAAAAAAUCAAGAAUCUUGAAGUGGAAGUAGAAAAUCUAACGCAGAUGAGGGAUAAGGAGAAGAUGAGGUCGGAUAAGCUAGACUCUGAGAGAACCAGCUGGAGGACGAAGAUGGACCAGCUGGAGGCUGACCUCAAACAUGCGCUCAAGAUGUCAGACUCAACCUCAUCCAACCUCAACAAGGAUAUUGCUAUGUUUAAUCAGGAGAUAUCCAGAUUGACCAAGGAACGAGACCUGUCCAAAACAGAGUUAGAUAUAAGUAAACAUGACCUGGCUCGACUAGAGCGUGAGUUGGCCGGCUGCAAGGAGGAGGUCUCCAGGAUGUCCAGGGAGAAGGCCAGCAUGAGCGAUGGGAUGGAGAAGGGACAGAGGGAGGUCAUGGAGAGCAAGGAUAAUGAAAUCCGUAAAUUAACCGGCAGGGUUCAAGAUCUAGAGAGGGACAUUGAUAAACUCAAGUUUGAAAAAGAAGCGGUCGAGAAGGAAAAGGAGCAGCUGUUGAAACAGCUGAAUGAAAACAAGAAUAAUGCUGCUAACAGCUCAGCUAACAGUUCACAGCUUCAGCAACAAAUUAGUGAGCUGAACGGUCAGCUUAGGAUCUAUAAGAAUGAGAUCUCGGAUAAGCAGCGUGAGUUCCAGCAGGAGAAGCAGGAUUUAGAAAAGGUUAUAGAAGAGAUGAGAAAGGGAGGAACUGAUGCAUCUAAUGCGCAGAUUUCAAAGAUGAAGGUUGACCUUGAGAAGGCCCAGAAGGAGGUUGCUGAGGGAGCAGUUGAGAGAGAAAGGUUCCAGGCCCAGCUAGAGAUGCUGGUUCAGGAGCUAGAGAAGAAACAGAUGGAUUUACAGGAAGCAAGUAUAAACAGACCUGUAGGCAGUCCAGGCCAACAGAAUCAGGAGAUUAAUACUCUCAAGAAACAGCUGGAAGAAAACAGAAAACAGAUUGAUGAAUACAAGAAGAAGGUGGAAACAUUAAAGAAGCAGCUUGAUGAGAAGCAGCUCUUAGUUCAACAGUUGGAGCAGCAAAUGCAGGACGAGGUGAAUAAGGUUCGUGCCGAAGUAUCUGCCCGAGAAGCUGAAAUGACCGCCCGUGAUGCUGAACUGGCUGCCCGGGCAGCAGAGCUGGCGAACCGAGAUGCCGAGCUAGCCAAGACUGCUGAGAAAACAGAACAACAAAACAAACUGAUAAGAGAACUGCAAGAAGCACAAGACUUGAUGAAAAAUAAACUACAAGAGACGGAAGUGGCGGCACUAAGCAAUGCAACAACUCCGCAAUCCCCUGGAUCCCCUUCAGAAAGAGGCAGAGGUCGUGGUCGAGGUAGAGGCAGAGGAAGAGGACGUGGUGGUUCAGCCGGAACACCAACAACACCAACACCGGAGACCGCGAAGGCCCAGAACGGAUCAGUUUCCGCUGGAAAUGGAUCUCCGGCACAGCAGACUAUGCCAAGUACACAAUCCGCUAACGGAGCAGUUCCACCUGCUCAGAAUAAACCUGCUCAACAGGAAGCAGUUAAACCUGUACCAGCAGCUGCUCCUCAACAGCAGCCGGUUCAAGCUAAACCUGCUGUUCAACCGACCCCUGUAUCUCAAGCUAAACCGGCCAGCCAGCCGGCUAAUAAUGGUCAGCUUAAUCCCGCUGGUCAGCCCGCACCAACAGGUCAAGCUAAACCAGCUGGCCAACAGGCUAACCCUGCCGGUCAACAAGCUAAACCUGCUGCAGCAGGUCAACCUAAACCUGCAGGGCAAGCUGCACCCGCUGGUCAAGCUAAACCAGCUGGACAACAAUCUAAACCUGGUCAAGCACCAGGAGCUGGACAACCUAAACCUGCAGGUCAGCCUGCCGCAGCAGGUCAGCCUGCUGCAGCAGGUCAACCCAAACCUUCUGCUGGAGGUCAAGGACAAUCUGCACCUGCUCAAGGAGGCCGGGGAGGUGCUCAAGCAGGUAGAGGAGCAGCACAAGGUGGAAGGGGAGCAGCACAAGCAGGUAGAGGAGCAGCGCAGGCUGGUCGAGGUGCACCUGCAGGUCGUGGAGGUGGUGCACCUGCAGGAGGUGCACCAGCAGCUGGUGCUCCAGCAGGUCGUGGAGGUGGUGCACCUGCAGCCCGAGGUGCUCCUGCUGCUCGUGGUGGUGCAACAGCUGCUCGAGGUCGAGGGGGUGCAGCACCAGCUGGAGGUCAAGCUCCUGUAGACGAUCCAUUGACGGACAACGAUGAAGACAGUUAUGAUUCAUCUUCGCCAUCGGACAACUCAUCAGACACUCUAGGUGCUGAUUCAGAUUUUGAUUCCAAUUCAGAGUCUGAUUUUAAUAAACCAUUGCCUGACCAAGUAAAUACUGACAGCAAAGAUGAUGACAGCAAACAUGAAGCAGCUCAUCCGAUAUUCGCCCGUAUGACCUCCCUUCGGCUCACUACAGCUUUUCCAACCAAUGAAUCCAGUGGCGAAAUUCUAGAAACAAAUGAAGAUAUCACUGGUAAUAACCAAGCAUCAGAAGAUAAAAUGCCAGAAGAAGAUUCACUAGAUUCAAAUUUCAAAUCUCAAUCUUCUGACAGCCAAACGCGGAAUGAAACUUUGGCCAAUAAUAGAUCAGAUAAAGAUAUUGUUGAUCAGACUUCUAAAGUUUUAUUUGACACUAUUGAAGCGUCAGUAGAGACUGCUGAAGCGUCUCUUGGUACUGCCAAAGUACUGAAUGAAACUUCUGAAUCUGCUAAAGCAAUGGCUGAUGUUCCUGAAGUCCUAAAUGAUACUUCUGAAGCAUCUGUAGAAACUAUUGAUGAAGCUAUAGCUGAUGCUAAAUCGGACGAUGAACAUGACAAUGAUAACUGUAAACAUGAACUGAUUUCACGGACCAGCACACUGAUCAUGGAUACUGGAGAGGCUCUAGCCAAGGGAACAAUCACUGAAAUGACGAUGGCAGAUGUUUCUUACUUAGUAGGAAAACUGAACACACUGCUAGACGAGACCAAUCAGCAUCAGACUGAAAUCGAUCAUCUAAACCUGAUAAUUCUGGAUUUAAAGAAUAACAAAGAGACAGAUAAGAUGUUAAAACUGAGGAAUCAGUAUGCUCAACUAAAGGAGAAGAGUGUCGAGGCUCGGAAAGAGAAUGAUAUGCUUGUAGAGAAGAUUCAACAUUUACAGAGCAAAAUUAGCACGGAGCAGUUUUCUGGAGUGUGUGAGGAGGAAUCUGAUGAAACUUUUUUUGUAAGCAAAUCUUCAUCUCUGGAGCAACAGUCACCGGAGCCAAGUAUUCUGGUAGACAAAUUUAAGGUUAAAAUGGCUGAAAGAUCUCAAAGCUGCUCUGGAGUCAGUACAUUAAACUGUACAGUACACAGCGACCUUAUGAGGUGAGAGUUACAGCAAGAAC